AUGACUACCUUCGCAUGGCUGGUUUUAUGUUUAUUGGCUCGAUGGUCACUUAGCAUAGAUGUUAGAAAUGAUAUAGAUGUUGGUGUGACAUGGAAUACGGAUGACGCAUCAAAAAAAGUUAAAAAAACAUAUGUAUGGGUAUCAAGACAUUUUGGGGGACCCCAAAGGGUGAUGCUGAGCUUCUACGCCAAUGCCAGUUGUGAUAUAUAUCCAUUGGAAUAUCAAAAUGCAGACAAUAUCACAUUCGUAUGCAACAGCAAAAAAAUUAAAGAUGGAGCACCUUUGACGCUGACAUUUGAGACUAAAAUCAUAUCGCAAUGGAGAACAUCAGAAACAUUAUACUGUUCUGUCUAUCGCAUUUCUACGUCUACGGAAACGCCCGUGGUUUCCUUGGAUUUAAUCGCAGGUACAUCGGAAGAUCUUGCGAUAUGUCUGCAUCGAUAUGAAGCUGGAGUGGAGGAAACUAUUACUUGCAGGACCCUCGGCAUCGCAGCUCUCAUUAAGUACUUCAGGAUACGGAGUGAAUUUUACUAUUACCUGAGAAGUGCAUGGAAACAUCUCACGGAGUCCUCAAAUUCCAACGUAGCAGAUAUACCUAUUCCGGCAAAUAUACCCAAACAGAACAUUAUACUCACGCCGAUUAGCAGGGAUUCAGCCGUAAUACAAGAGGAAGAAGAUUGCGUCUUGAGUCGUCGAAGUGCACGAUUAUGCGGAGUCAAGGUGCUAGGUAAUGCAAAAUUGAAGCUGCCGUUCGACCCAUAUAAUGCUCUACUAUUCCUCGAAGUGGAAAAACUCAAUUAUGACACUCAAGAAAAGCAAAGCGACUUGUUGCUGAAAAUCAAUAACAGAGAUGUGAAUGGAGGGGUGAAGAGGCGCCUUACAAUCUUUGUCAACGGCGUUAGACACGGAACCUUACCUCAGACCAUCGAUAUUGGACGUAUCGUGAACAGCAAGACGAACAAAUCGACUGAAUAUGACCCCAUACUUCUAACAAUUCAAAAUGAGGAAUCCAGCAACAAAAGUUUUACGCUAAUCCGUUUCGUCCGUGGUGACUUACGGAGUGCUGCUAUCAUGACCAUAUCCAGUUUACCAGAGGAUAUGGAAUUUGUGAAGAUGCAAGAGGCCGAUUCCUCUGGUAUAAUCCAUGAAACCGAUUUCACAAAGAGGAGACCAUAUAUUACAAUCAGUAGAGGUAUGAUUGUGGAAACAGAGAUAUUGCUGAAGAUGAAAUCUUCACCGGUUCUAUCUAUAUCUGUCAUCGAUAAAGACGUUGACGUUAUGGUUAAUGGAAUAAGAAUGAAAGCUGAGAACUACAAAAUGUUGAUGUUGGAGAAUAAAACACUGAUACAACUGAAACAUAGAUAUUUCAUAAAAACUAUCCGCCUUUCAUAUGACAAUCACUCCGACUACACUUCUCUUAGCCACCUUCUGUGGCCGUUGUACAUUUGCAGCCAUCUCAUAUUGUCUGGUGUUCCAAUGUUCUCGGAUUCCUUGGCGUCAUACUUACUCACAGCAUUUCUCACGGAUAUGAAAUUGUACGAUGGCGGUGGUAAUAUGUUGAUUCGCCAACUAGCACUCUUUUUCAAGGACUUGCGUACAACUAGAACUUUUUCGAUAUUAUUAUGGGUGCAGGUGGUCACCCUAUUUUCGAUCACAAUUUGGGGAUCUCUCUUACUCUUACCAAAAUCAUGGUUUAUGCUCAUACGACUGCAAAUAGAAAGGCAGAAUGCUGUACUGGCAAUCUUCUGCAAUUGUAUCUGUGUAGUACUGGUGACCCUGUAUAUCGAUGCUUUCGAUGUGGAAGGAGGGUCAGUUUACGUGCUUGGAAUGGUUGUACCUGGGUUAUUCUUCAAAAUUAUAUCAUUGGGUGUAAUGGCGAUCUGUUUUAUUAUUGGAAUCUCUAGCUCUGUUAGGACUUUGGGUGGGAUUCUACAGCAUGGGUUGCAUAUGUCUACGCCAUCUUUCUCGCAAAAACUUGGGGAAAUGGCCCCAGGGACCAGUGGAUAUCAUUGUUUUAUUGAAGAUAAAAAAAUAUACAAGAUUUAUUUUACAAAAGUAAAGUCAGAAGCUCACCUAAAUCAAUGGGGUAAGAACGACAUUGAAAUUCAGGUAGACAAGGUGGCAUCUCUACCCUUGAAUGAAUAUUAUGGCGACACAAACAUCACUUUUCGGUUGAUUAAAUCCGAUUUCAAGGGAUUCGAAGGCAUGGUACUGACAAAUUUCACAAAAUUAAAAAAUUUGGAACUCAUGUCCUUAAUGAGGGAGAGGCUCAGAGUAUGGUGUAAUAUUAGCAACCCUAAAACGAACCCAAACAAUUGCGAUUCUUCUAGUUUGACAUUAUACAUAGGUUCAACAUUAGUGGAUUUGUUGUUCGCUUGGUUUUUCAUGAUGACCCGUAAGUGGUGGUACCCUGGAUUCGCAUUGGCCACAUUCCACCUAAUAUUGAAACUGGCAAUUUUUACAGGGGGCGGCAUUAUCCGGUACACCACAAUCACUACAAAGUAUUUUGAAAGGGAAGAUCGUUUGGAUGUCGCACGAUUGAAGGUUUGUUGGAGUGAUAAACUAUUCCGGGGAUUACUUGACAAAUGCAUCCGCACAUUUUCACUGUUUCUAUACAUAGUCCUUCUUCAAGUUUCUAUCCAACCUGUAGAUUCACUGCCGAUUAGAAUUGCUACCUUCUGGUUGCUUAGUUGUGCAUUUCACACGGGGUUUCCCGGGUUGCAUCUUAGUAAAAUUUUCGAAGCCAUCUGGAUGAUAAGGAAGUAUAUUAUGGGUAUCUAUCACUAUGGCAUAGCGGUCUAUAGAUUUUUUAGAUUUGGGUUAUUGUGCAAUGUAAUUGUAUUUAUAAAAUCUUCCAUGCCCCGCUGGUGCUGGGAGAACGGUGCAGAAGGAAGGUGGCAUAGUGGAUCGUUCCCUAAUCCCCUUCACAUAAAAGUGGAGUUGCUCGAUUUGUACAUUCAGGAUCGCUUCAGAACCUCUUUUAGCUUUGAAGCAGCUGCAAAGUUUUGGAAAACCGUGUAUAUCCACCCAUCGGUAAACUUGUUGUUUUCCGAUGUAUCCCCGUGCUACUACGUCGCUGGCGAGACUAAUGAUUUAUUAUGGAACCAUGGACUGUCUAGUAGUCCAACUGACGUUGAAUAUACUGAAAACGAUAUAAAUGGACCUCAUUUUGAGUAUUACCGUGGCACAGAAAAAAAAAUACCUCAUGAAAAGUAUGAUUGGGAUUUUCAAGCCCGAAAAAACAUUAACACAGAAUAUUCAAAUGACGAUUCUAAUGUCAAAAGUGUACUUCUCACUGAUGUCCUCGAUGAUAAGCUUUUAGACAAAAAAGGAAAUCACAUCUGUGAACGUUCGACCCGAAGAGAGGAUGUAGCCACCUCCAAGAAAUUUUUUGGGAUCAUCGAAUGGCGAUCACCAAUUCGAUGGAAGGAAAACGUUUAUUCACAGGAUCAUUCACACAAUGAGUGCGGUGAUACAGCUAGAAAAUUGCACCUAUAUGUAGACGUCGGUUCAUUAGAAGUGGUUCCCAGUGAUUCCACCCUGAAAACCUUAACCAAGGUGACGUACGAUGGACAUCGGGCUACCUUGAAGAUCGCCGCACCAUUCAUUAUACCUAAGGAAAGGUAUACUGUGCGGGGGGUACUAUGCGGUGACGUCGUUGAUUCCACUACCAUUGUAUGUCAAACUACCUGCAAUGAAAGUGGGGUAAUUAUUUUCGACUUUAUUGAAGAGUUUGAAGGCGAAGGAAUGAUACUUGUAAGAGAUGUUGAAUCGAGUAAAACCCAUAGCUUCAAUCAAAAUGAUCUAAAACUCACACACAAUGACAAGCUGAGCCGGGCAACCCUGCGGAAUCCUCUAUUCACGGAAAAACAAGAAUACCUUAUAACGUGCAAAUCAACUCCUCCCAAGCAGAAUCUCUGUUUCAUCUACGUUGGGGAUUCGCAUCCGGCAUUCAAAGAGAUUGUCAUACCUGUUACAAUACCCAGUAAAGGAACGUACGACAUCUUCAUAGACAAGGCAGGGUCAACUGAGCAACUAUCAUGUGUGUCUAUUCAAUCGACACUGGAUGACAAACAUUGUUAUGGUAUGAAAUCUACUGUGAUUAAUGCCCUGCAUGAGAUAUACAUUGACUACCCUGAUAUAGGUAAAGCACAUUUCAUAAACAACACAUUUCAUUUCGGGCGUGUAGAUGGCGGCAUCGACCCCAAGGAUCUAGAGGAGAAUAAUUCACAUAGUUUGAAGGUGAAAGAUUGCCAAUACCUUUUGGGCGACAACAUGAGCUUUUUGGUACCAAUAACUGUGAUAAGCCGAAUUCGAUCCUUGGAUGGUCAAGAUAUAUUCCGUGUGGCACCUCAUUAUAUCCUGUUGGCUUAUGAACUGCAAAAGCGUAUUAAUGAGUUGCAGAAGGCUUUAGAGUUCGUCAAAACAAAAUUGACAACACAAACAAAGAUCAAAAUCAUCUCAACCAUCACGUCACAAGAUACCAAAUUGGAUGCCUACGAAAUCACCAAACGAAGCCCAACAUCCAAGGAAUUGGAUUACGACGUCUAUUACCACAACGAUAGGAGUCCAGAAAUGGUCUUCGAGUAUGUGAUGUCUGCAUUGUUCACAGAGAAGACACUGUUGGACUUUGAUAGGCUUUUGAAACGCUAUGGGAAAACGGACAAGGUAUUUUUCACCUCCCUCCAGAUAUUACUGACCUUUUGUAUUAACCAAUUGAAGGAAGCCAGAGAGAUACUUCUGCGACAGGAUGAGAUUACUAACGACUUGUCACUGAGAUUGGAGAUGCAAAAGUUUGAUACAUUGAUCGAUCAGGGGAUGAUGGUUGAAGACGCCAUCGCAUUGUUGAACAACACCGAACGUUUCAACUAUUUUCUACUUUUCCCAUUCAUUUUGAAGUCAGAAGAUAUUUAUGUGCGUGUCAACGUAGAUUUCGAGGUGCGGCGUAUAAUGACCGAGAUCCGUCAUUACUGUGGCCCGUUGUUGUUUGAGCAGUACAAAUUUGUCAAGGGGUCCUUAACUGAGCAAUUGUUGUCUAACGUCGACCUACGUACUACAUGCCAAGGAUUCUGUCAUAUCAUCAUACCCAGUACGUUGCAGCGUACUCCAUUGGUGAUGAAUGAGUACGGCUUCGUUUUGACACGUUGGGAGUCAAACGUGCACGGAUCGAGUCCACUUUGGGCUCCAUGUUUCAUAUGUUUUUGCAAUACUAGGAUAAGUCUUACUCUUUCAGAUAGAGUUGUGCGUGAUGGAUAUAUGGGCCGCUCGCUGGAAUUCAUAAUAAGCUCUUUGGAAUGCGCAAUGACACAUGAAAAAAUUUACGUUAUUGAAGGGGUUCAGGUGAAGGACGAACAGGUUCAGGUCGUGGCACAAGUUAUAGAAGGUAUGAAUAAUGACGAAAUCCAGAUGUUGAAGUGCACCUUAGCUGACGACGGGAAGUUGACCAUCAGAUGCCACAGGCGUCUCUUAGGAUUAUGGAAAGCUAUUUCUAAAGCUCUACCUCUAGGUCACCCGGAGCUGGCUGACCAAAAACUAUUUGACGACAACUUUGACAUACAGCGUGACACAAUCGUGACGCCUAAGUGGAUACACAGUUUAUAG